AUGCUGCAGUCAGCCCCGGUUCAGUCAACUACGCAAUACACGUCCGGUUCCCAGAGGAAUAGCAUCCAUGGCUUGCCGACGACGGUCACUGCACCCGUGGUGUACCAUGGCGGUUCCAAUUCCGGCCAACAGUAUACCUUGAGAGGUAUGCCCGGUCAUGCUCCAGCAACACAAUGGCAGCACCCGAGGACGCACCGAACAUCCUCUUCGCCAGCUGUUCCCAGCAUCCAGACCCUAGAUUACCUACAGCCUGCUGUGGCACGCUCCCGCUACACGGCUAGUGCGUCCAUGACCAACCUGCCCAGCACUGCAAACAGCGGCUUGCAUCUGGGCACCCGCGACGACUCGGCUUUGCCAGUCCCUGGCAGCAGGAGAACCUCAACGGUACCCCGUUCGCAGGGAAGCAAUGGAGCGUCGACGCAGUCCUCACUUGCGCCAGCAGCUCCUAUACGGGCGACGCCCGAGCGGUAUAGGCGAUCAGCUUUGCGAACGGCUGAUACGGCAGGUGCGGCAACACCCGCCGGCUCCCAAUUACGGCCUUCGCAUUCGGCGCUGCUGAAUAGGCCCAAUAGUUUCGUUGGCGCCGUAUCUGGAUCUGCGAUUGACGAUAUGGGAGUGGCGCCGAUCCCACCCCAGGACGAAAUCAAGAGGGUUCGCAGGCGCAGCAUGCCUGCAUUGGAUUCUCCCGGUUUUUCCAUGCACCUAACCCCGCACGAUCUCAAGCAGCCGGCAGAAUCAAAUCGGCCCAAGAGUGCUGAUAGGGAUAACAAGCCCGUCAAAACGGGCCCGGCGGCCGACAAAAACAGCAACGAUGGGCAGACCGGAAGCCCAAGGCCAAGUUUUCCGUCCUCGUCUUCGACAAACCGCAACGGCAACUUAUCUGACCCCGCGAAGCCCACCGCCUCCCCUGACCAGAAAGCCAGCACCAAUCCGGAUUCUGCAAGGCCUGUCGAUAUUCCUCCACGAAGCUCCUCAACCGAUGCUCCGAAUGGGAAACGAGCCCCAAAUUCAUCGCCGCUUUCGAACCCGGUCCCUAUGGAUUCGGAGGGAGGAACCGGCCAGUCUUCGGACGCCCCUCGAUCCGCGACUCAGGAGAUCGCAUCUACGCCUCGCUAUGAAAGCCCCGCUGUUAAGCAACUAACUGCGAUUAACCAGAAGGGGGGCAAGGCCAAAAGCAAAACGUCACGGCUUCGUCGAGCUUUCUCAUUUGGUAGUGCCGCGGAGUUCAGGAAGGCUGUGCAUGACAGUGAGACCGCGGAUAAUAGCAAAGGGAAACUUCACAAGGAGCGGGAUGCCGAUGACGAGCUUGAUGAGGAACAGGCGCGGAUCGCUCAGCAACAGGAGGCUGCUGGGAUUGGCAGCAACAUCUACGGGGCCAGGUUCUUCUCCGGCUCAACCGACAAUCUUUCUAUUUCGUCUACAGCUUCGUCGGCUUCGAUUAUGAUCCGGAAGAUGGGCCGCGGGAUGAAAAAGGGCACUAGGUCCCUCGUUGGAUUAUUCCGGCCAAAGUCGAUCGUCGGCACUCCAGCGGCUGAAACGACUCACCCCGAGACGACACAAGCAGCGGUGUCCAUGAUCACCGUUGAGGCGGAGCGGGAACGCGUUAACGUGAACCCCGAACCUCGGGCCCCUGGGGGAGGUACCGGGUUUCCCCGCCUGGAGCGAAAUUCCAUUGACGCAGCCAAAGUACCAGCGGCUGAACCGGAGCGUGUGGGAAGUUCGGGAACCGAUAGCACCACGGCGAGAAAGAGCAUUGUAGGCGGCGAGAAGGAACGGGCAGAGGUGCUAGCUGCUGUUAGGAAGGGGAUCUUGAAGAAGCGCAAUGGCUCUCAAAGCCCAUCACCUCGGCCCUCUGAAACCAAGGGCUCCCCUUUCGAUCUACCCAGCGUGCCGUCCGCCACAGACUCGCCUAGCUCUAGCGCGCCUAGUACUCCCAAUGAAGAUUCCCAGGGACAGAGGAGGACUGGCACGGUCGCGAUCGGGAGCGAGGACUAUUUUGUCUCUGCUCUGCGGCUCCGCCAGGACUCGAAGUCGCCCGGCACUCCACAGGGUACGAAGCGCUCUGCGACGUUCAGUCCCCGGAUUGUCUUUUUCGAAACCUGGCCAAGUCAGGAGUAUGACCGUCGGGGCGAGAUUGCUACGUGCAACCGCUUGACACCAAUGCUGGCUCAGCAGAUCAAGGAGGAGCUAAACAGCUUCAAAAUGGCAAGUAUGGAAGUCCACGAGAACUCGAAAAUCUACACGCACUUCUUCUGA